AUGGCUCCCGGCAUCAUUGAACGUAUCCAGCAGAAGAUUGAGCUCUUCCGCCUCGAGCAGCGAUACACCCGCCGCCGUCAUCGCCGUUCAACUUUCGUCUCCAACGCUGUCUACGUCGACGGCGAGUACGUCUACCAGACCCCUACUUCGACCGGUUCCUCCACUGGUACUGCCAACAGCAAGGAGCCUUCGUCACCACGCGUCGAUGCCCUCCACCAUGCCGAGCCUGUCUCUCCCACAGAGUCGGUUCCGUCGCAGACAGAGCCCAGCAAGAAGCGGUUGAGUCGCUUCUCUUCGAUGCCUGGUUUUGGAUCGUCCAACAAGCAGAGCCCGACACAGGAUUGGAGGUCAAGCCGCGUCUCCGUCAGUGAGAUCAGACGCUAG